ACGCGACAAUUUGCCCAAAACCAGCGAGGGCCGACCAAGUGUUCGAUGGUUUGCCUCAACGACUGAUGCAACUGUAAAAUGAUGCUCCGACUGCCGGAAACACCUCAGCUCCUCCCAAACACAUCCCGCCGUUUCACUUCUCCGAUCCGUCGGUGCAAAGACAGCCUCUUCUUUAGGAGCGUCGCUACACCCAGGGCCGCCAAAGAACGAAAGGUAUGCAUUCUUAGAACUACUUCAUUCGUCUGCGCUUCAUCCCUCGGCCGCGUCAAACCAGUCCGGGAUCGCUCUUUGGACAGGCAUAUUGUUAAAUCCAACAAAGUCCGCUUCGUUCAGAAGCUAAAGACUCUACUUUUAUCAACACCCAAACAUUUCUUGCCCAUCAAAGCUCUUCACAAGUUCCGUGCCUAUCUGGCUCCCUCCAAUCCAAGCUCUAUACCAAGAAUGAUUCAUCGAUACCCUACGGUUUUCGAACUCUUCACCAUCCCAACGCCACCCGUCCCGUCGCUUUGUGUUAGGCUGACCCAAGCAGCGGCAGCUCUUGCGGUUAAAGAAUUUGAAUUGAAAUCGAAUAUGGCAGUUAUCGCAGCUGCAAAGCUGCAGAAGCUCUUGAUGCUCUCAUCCCAUCGCAGGCUUUUGUUAUCCAAGCUGGGGCACUUGUGCCCUGAUCUUGGAUUGCCAGUCGAUUUUUGUUCUCGCCUGUGCAAUCAAUUCCCGGAUAGAUUCAAAGUUGUGGAGACUUCCUACGGGCGGGCUCUGGAGCUUGUUUCUUGGGAUUCGAAUUUGGCCCGUUCUUUACCCUCGCACGAGGUUGGUUCCGAUUCACUUGGGAUGAUUGUGGACAGACCUCUGAAAUUUGAACACUUGAGGCUGAGAAAGGGGCUGAAUUUGAAGAGUAGCCAUAAAGAUUAUCUUAUCAAGUUUAGCAAACUGCCACAUGUGUGCCCUUAUGAAUCAUCAAAUGUGGGGGACUUGGAUUUUCCUUGCGAGUCUGUUGAAGCGGAGAAGAGGGCUUGUGCCGUUGUUAGGGAAGUGUUGGCCAUGACAGUGGAGAAGAGGGCUCCGAUAGACCACUUGACGCUUUUCAGGAAGGACUUUGGGCUGCCGAAUAAACUGAGGGCAAUGCUGGAUAGGCACCCUGAGUUGUUCUAUGUGAGUUUGAAGGGGCUGAGGCACUCUGUGUUUCUGGUUGAAGGUUAUGAUGAUGGUGGUGAGCUCAAGGAGAAGGAUGAGCUACUGGUUAUCAAUGAUAAGCUUAUGGAGCUGGUUCGCGAAGGGGAGGCAUUUGCCAAAGGCAACGCCAAUUUCUGCGAUUCAAUUGAGGAAAUCGAUGAUGAGCUCGAUGUCCGUUAUGAUGGCUUAGACGACUUAUUCGAUCCUGGCUGGGUUUGAAGACUUUCAUUAUGAGUAUCGCGCAAAUGAUUCUGGGAGCAUCUUGAAGGAAUUGCAGUCUUUCAACUACUGGAGAAAAAUGUUUAUUCUCACAAUGAGCUCUUGUUCCAUAAACCUUAAAAAUAAACUUCUUUUCGAGAUGCUAUGUAUAAAUCAAAUUUACCCAUCAGG